CACUCAAUAUUCAUUCAGCAUUGUCGACUUCAAUCGUCAAGUUCUCCUCUUUCUAAAGCUCGCUAAGCACGAAGUAACAAAUAGACAUGGAAGCCAUCAAGAAAAAGAUGAUGAUGUUGAAAAUGGACAAGGAAAAUGCAAUUGAUAGAGCUGAACAGGCCGACGUUGAUAGAAAGAGCGCAGAAACCAAAGUAUCCUCCCUUGGUGAAGAAUUUCACGGUCUUCAGAAAAGACAAAAAGGAACAGAAGACGAACUUGGAAACCACCAAGAAAAACUUCAAGCAUCAAAAGAAACCUUAGAGGCUGCUGAAAAGAAGGCAUCUGACGCUGAACAAGAAGUGUCGGACCUAAACAAGAAAAUUGCAGGAUUUGAGGAAGAACUAGAAUCCGCACAAGAAAAACUUGCAAUGUCUCAGCAAAAGUUAGAUGAGGCUGAAAAAGCAGCUGACGAAAGCGAACGUGGACGCAAGGUCAUCGAAAAUAGAACACUCAAAGAUUCUGAAAGAUUACAAAAUCAAGAAUCAAAUCUUCGUGACGCAAAAGAAAUUGCUGAAGAUGCCGACAGAAAAUACGAAGAAGUUGCACGUAAAUUAGUAAUGGUGGAAGGCGAUUUGGAAAGAGCAGAAGAACGAGCUGAGAUGGCUGAAAGCAAAUCUACCGAACUUGAAGAAGAAUUGAAAAAUGCUGCCAAUAAUUUGAAAUCAUUGGAAGCAGCUUCUGAAAAGUAUGCAACCAAAGAAGCUAUUUUCCAAGACGAAGUCAAAACUCUUUCUGAUAGAUUGAAGGAUGCCGAAGAUCGUGCCGAAUCUGCUGAAAAAUCAGUUGUCGACUUAGAAAGAACCAUCGACGAAUUAGAAGAUGAAUUGUACAACCAAAAAAUGAGAAUGAGAAACUUCAACGAAGACAUUUCAGCCUACUAGGACUAAGCAAGGAUAACCAUAUUCGAUCACACAUGACCAUCAUUGGCCUUCAUCAGGCACGAGCUCGAUCCAUUUCGGCUCUGUCUUCGAAUUUUUUUUUUCUCUAUUAUAUUGUCAUAUGACCGAUAAACUUUUGAUUUUUUAUAUCGUCGAGAAUAUUUGAAAUAAAGAAAUGACAACUGCAUAUUA